AUUUAAAUGUUGGCAUUGCUAGUUUCUAUCAUUUGAAGCUAUUAGAUGUAGGAGCCCAUGAUACUGAGCAUCUCCACUAGAGGGCUCCACCAGGUGGACAUUAUCUCUCAAAGCAACAGGCAGGCAAACUUCUGCUUGUCUCCUUUCAAAUCUUUUCUGAUUUCCAUCUUUUGUUUCUCUCUGCAACUCUUCUUUUCAAGUUGAUCACAUUUCACAUGUCACGUCUUGUGGCAUUCUACUGUCCUUUUUCAUAAUAUCUCCUCAGUAGUCCCAGUGAGAAACAUGUCAGCUGUUGGCAUGAUCUGUUUGGCUGGGGGAAGGGAGGGACAGGUUGAAUUUCAGGCCCUAAGUGUGGUUCAUUUGCGCAUUUCUAUAUAUAGAUGGACAGACAGUAGCUGAUAACUUGUGACAGCUGAGGAAGGAGGUCACACCAAAGCAGACCAUCCUCCGCCAUUUCUCUUUUAGUGUAACAGUGUUAAUACAGUCAGUUCAGUUCUGCAGUGGGAGAGGACCAGGACACCCCUCCCUCCUACUGAAAUAUCACAUCAAACCAUAACAAGAUGGCCUCCAUGUCAGUGGACCCAGUGACAGAGCCGCGGAUGUACCAGCAAACGCUCCUACAAGAUGGGCUCUGUGAUCUCCUGGAUGCUAACAAGUUUGUGGACUGUGUUCUGAAGAUCAGAGACAAAGAGUUUCCUUGCCAUCGGCUAGUGCUAGCUGCUAGCAGCCCUUACUUCAAAGCCAUGUUCCUGUCAGACCUAGAAGAGAGCAAAAAGCGGGAGAUUGUUCUAAAAGACAUCGAACCUGCGAUCAUGGGAAUGAUCCUGAGGUACAUAUACACCUCGGAUAUCAACCUGACUGAGCAGAACGUCCAAGACAUUUUUAUGGCGGCCAACAUGUACCAGAUUCCGUCAAUCUUCAGCGUGUGUGUGUCGUAUCUGCAGCAGAAGCUAGUUCUCAGUAACUGUUUGGCCAUCUUUAGACUGGGACUGUUGCUAGACUGUCCACGUUUGGCCAUGGAGGCGCGGGACUUCAUCUGCGACCGGUAUUCCCUCAUCAUUCGGGACCAAGACUUCCAUCAGCUGGGUCCCGGCGAGUUGGCGGCUAUCAUCACAUGUGACUCCCUGAAUGUGGAACGAGAAGAGUCGGUGUUUGAAUCACUCAUGGACUGGGUGGAAUAUGACACGAAUGAGAGACUGAAAGACCUGCCAGAACUUCUACACUGCAUACGUUUCCGUCUUAUGCCGACAAGUUACUUUAAAGAGAAAGUGGAGGGGCACAAAUUGAUCAAGAUGAAUCAGGAGCUCAAGAAGGAGCUCCAGCUUAUCAAGGAUGCACAGAAAGGACUGCUACAUAGGGUCAAAAGGUCAUCGCACAGAAAGGAAGGCGCAACGGUGGAUUCUGAAGACGAGGAUGAGGAGGGUUUGCUGCCGGGCAUCCUAAAUGACAACCCACGUUUUGGAAUGUUUCAGACAGAUCUUAUUUUGAUGAUUAGCGAUGCAGGAACAGUGGCGUAUGACAAUGGUGGAAACGAGUGCUAUAUGGCGUCUUCAUCCACCGAGAUCCCUAAGAACCACUGCAGUCUUGUCACGAAGGAAAAUCAGAUCUUUGUUGCUGGAGGUCUGAUGUACAACGAGGAGAACAAAGAACAGCCGUUCAGUUCGUACUUUCUUCAGUUUGAUCCCAUGAGCUCUGAAUGGCUGGGGAUGCCCUCACUACCAAACCCUCGCUGUCUGUUCGGUCUGGCUGAGGCUGAGAACUCCAUUUACGUGGUGGGAGGAAAAGAGCUGAAGGAGGGAGAACGUGCACUAGAUUCUGUUAUGAUCUACGACAGACAGUCAUUCAAAUGGGGAGAGUCGGACCCUCUUCCAUAUGCAGUUUAUGGACAUGGAAUUGUUUCACACAAAGGGCUGGUUUAUGUAAUAGGUGGAAAAACCUGAGAGCAAGUGAGAAAUGCUUGAAGAGAGUGUGUGGUCUAUGACCCCACUAAAUUUGAAUGGAAGGAUCUGGCACCCCUGAAAACUGCCCGCUCGCUGUUCGGCACUGCUGUUCACAAAAACAAAAUUUAUGUGGUGACUGGAGUCACUGAUAACGGCCUGACUAGCAGUGUGGAAGUCUACGACAUCGCCAGCAACUCCUGGUCAGAGUUUGUAGAGUUCCCUCAGGAAAGGAGCUCUCUUAAUCUGAUCGAACUGGGCGGCUGCUUGUAUGCUGUGGGGGGUUUUGCUAUGAUGCCCAAAGAGACCACCGAAAAACUGGAGCCCACUGAAAUGAACGACAUAUGGAAGUUUGACGAGGAGGAGAACUGUUGGAACGGGAUCCUGAGAGAGAUCCGUUAUGCUGCAGGGGCCACAGUUCUUGGGGUGCGUUUGAACACCUUGAGACUCACAAAGAUGUGAUCUACAGCUGUCAUCUAUAGACAAAACACACAUAAAACAAUGCCGCCCACAUUUUCAUAAACCAGCAAUACAUAUAUUCCAUUGAAUCAUAAUGAACAUAACAGACCUAGCUUGCUUAAUGUUAAUAUAAUUUGUUUGUGAUAGAUCUUAAGGUAUAUACUGUAAUAGAUCAAUGUUUUAUAUCCAAGUUGUUAUGAAUUUCACUGGGUCAGUGUAUAGAAGAUCUUAGUAUGAUGCAAAUAGUCUAUAAAAGACAUUCUGCUGUUCCAAGAAAAGGAUGGAGAUAAAUACAAGACCCUCUAUUUUUUCAAAAGAAUGCUUUGUUAGUCAUUGUUGAAUAAUUUGACCUUAUUUAAAUGUCCAUGUACAUUGAUUUCUAUCAUUCUAUUAUGUUAUUUUAGAUGACAGCGUAACAUUUUGCAAUUAUGACCAAGUGCAAUGUUCCUAUAUUUUAAAAAAAAAGAGAGAGAAAUGAAUGGCAAUGACUGAACAAUAAUCUAAUAUACUGUAGACAAUGACCAAACUAAAUGAAAACACUAACAACAUAACAGUUGUCUGUAGUAAUGUCAGUGCACAUAUUGUCGUACACCCUCCAAAGCCAAACAAAAAUAAAAAUAAGACAUUAAGGUAAAGGAAUUCAAGUUUAUAUUAUAUAUGCCAUCUUUUUUGUGCUGAUACUGAUGUUGACUUUCAUGAUGGAUCUACACGUUCAUGAUUAAUAGACAGCUGACACACUGACACAUAAACACACUGGAAUAAAGAGAUCUGAACACCUCUCAGGUUUUGGAACAUAGACCAAAAUAUCUUAAUUACAUCAACAGAAAUCUGCAGAAGAACUGCAGAAAUAAGAUUGUAAUACCCAAUUCAUUAAAAAAAUACCAAAAAUACUGCUGUGUAAAAACAUUUAAAGAUUCUUGUCUACAAGUGCAAAAAUGACCAGUUAAAAACAAUAAAAAAUAUAUAUUUUAAUUCAGAAGAUACAACAUUAGAGUCUGCAUGAGACUGUGAGAGGUGGGUGUAUAUAUAAUAGUGGAGAAUAACUGAUUUUUUUCAUUAAUAAUAUAAUACGUUCUCUAAUAAUUCACCUGUUAAAGGGGUGCUGUGGUUUUUAUGACCUACAAUAACAGCAAGUUUUACCUAAACACAUUCAUGAAUUUGAACAUUACCAAAAACACAAAACCUCAA